UUAUUAACCAAAUAGUCGUAAUUUCACAGUCGCGAGUGUAAGAUCGUUGUAACGUCGUUGUACAGCAAAAAAAAAACAGAACAAAAAUAAAUCCAACAAAAAGAGAAACCAAACGCAAACAGUCGAGACCACGCCUAACAGAUCUCGACCUAGAGGGCUGAUCGAGGUAGUGCGAAACAAAAAAAUGGUAUGUGUACGGCAUAUGAAAUAAGUGGUGGGAAAAUACCGAUUGCGUUUACGCAUACCAUGUGUACAGUGAUGGCGAAUGUGAUCGCAAAGUGAAUAUUUUGUGUAAUGAAACAAAGCAAAAUAUUUGCAAGUUUAUUCCACAUGUAAAUGAUAGAAUAAGUUAAAACAAAAAAAAUAAAAUAAAAGUGUGUGCUACCUACAAAAAUAUACGUGUAGUAAAUAGCUAAUAUAUUGAUGUAUGUAUGUAGAUACAUAUGUAUGUUGGUAGUAAACGGCGUGCAUUCAAAGCCGUUGUGAGAUAUUACAAAAAUUAAAAAAAAGAAUAAUUCAAGAGAGAAAGAGAGAAAAAUUGUGGCGCGUCUGUGAUAUUGUGGAAAAAGUGACGAAAACUCCAAAUAAAUGCACAAAACGCGGCAAACUCGUGGACGAGAAACUCGAAAGUAAAAUCAAUAAGAAAUUAAAACCCGUGCCGUAAUCCGCGCAAACAAACACGAACUCAGACAUUGUGCAAAUACAACACAAGUAUAAGUGAAUUGCAGUUGCCACGCAGCAACUCUCCGCGUGGUAAAGUUUUACCAUUUUCGUCGCUUGCAAAAAUAGAUCUAGAAGAUCUAAGUUUAAACAUCAGAUAUCAUUUUCAACAACAGCAAGGGCCUCAAAGAUGACUUCUUCAUAUUGCCACUACAUAUGGCGGCUCAGUGUGGUAGCGCUGGGCGCACUCUUCUUUGCCGGCGGCGUUUACAUGUUCGCACAUUGGAUUGAUAUUUUCACGCGCAUGCGUGCGGAGAAAAUGUCACUCAGCCCCGAAUCACCGUCGUAUGCGGGUUGGAAGAUUAGUCCGCUGCCACUUAACUUUGAUGUUUACCUCUUCAAUUGGACUAAUCCGGAGGAUUUUUACGUUGGUUCUGGCAAGAAGCCACGUUUCGAGGAAUUAGGACCUUAUCGUUUUCGUGAAAGUCCUGACAAAGUAGAUAUCGAAUGGCAUAAGAGUAAUAACUCGGUUUCAUAUCGCAAAUAUGCUGCAUUCCACUUCGAUGAAGCGAACAGUAAAGGCAAACUAACUGAUCGGAUAACUUCAGUUAAUACAGUAGCGCAUGGUGCCGCCUUACAAAACAUAAAUGGCUCAUAUUUUCAGAAGGGAAUAUUGAAAAAUGUUUUAAAAAUGUACAAAGAAUAUGUAUCAGUUACCAAAACAGCUGAAGAGUGGAUGUUUGUGGGUUAUCGUGAUCCUCUAGUAACAAUGGGCAGUUUCGUAUCGAAAUUUGCCAAGGAGAUUGUGGUGCCUUUCGAUCGCGUUGGUUGGCUGUAUACGCGCAACGACAGCUCGGUAUACGAUGGUCACUUUAAUAUCCAUACCGGCGCUGACGAUCUGCGAAAAAUGGGUCAGAUUAACGAGUGGAAUUAUAAAACACACACUGGCGUCUAUGAGGGUGAAUGUGGUCGCGUUAGAGGCUCAAUGGGUGAAUUUUUCCCAGCAAAUCUUACGCCUAAAGACACGAUAGAAAUAUUUUUACAAAAUUUGUGUCGCGCAAUGCCAUUGGAUUACAUUGAGACAGUAAAAAUACAUGGAAUCACAGCUUAUAAAUAUGCCGCCACCGAACGGGCGCUUGACAAUGGCACUCGCUAUCCGGAAAUGAAAUGUUUUUGCGUGAAUGGUGCGUGUGCGAAAUCGGGCGCUAUAAACUUAGCACCCUGUCAAUAUAAUUCGCCAACAUACACAUCAUAUCCACACUUUUACAAGGCGGAUCCCAGCUACUUGGAAGCGGUCGAGGGACUCUCGCCCGAUCCAGCGAAGCAUGAGUUCUUCAUGACACUGGAGCCAAACAGUGGCCUACCCCUGGAUGUUGGCGGUGGCUUCCAAGCCAACUAUCUUAUGACACCUGUACCUGGAAUAGCGCCUUUCGACAACAUUCCACGCACGUUUAUACCGCUCAUGUGGGCUGAGGAACGCGUGCGCGUCACAACAGAAAUCGCCAGUGAUAUCGCCUUGGUGCCGCUAAUCGUAACGCUGGGACAAGUUGCCACCGGUAUUAUGUUCGCAAUUGGCGUUCUGCUAAUCUGUUGGUAUCCAACAAAGUAUAUAUCAAAUGCUUGUCGCGAUCCGAAAAGUAAAAAUGCGCUACUCAAUCCCAUUGUCAACACCCGUUCGAUAAUGUUGACGCCAUUGCGAAGUCCACCCAAACAGGGUAUAUCGUUGCUGGGCAACAGUCAACGGUGCGAAGUAGUAGGAGUCGAUGGUGCGGCUAGCGAAAGUCUGCUAAGUCCCCCACCCACUGAUGUGACAACUAGUUAGUAUGUUCAUACUCGUGGUUGAAUGUUGAAUGAUAUGCUCUUCAUGAGAGCGCCUCUGCCAUUGUUUAGUGUAAACGAGAAAACCAAACAAACAGACAUAAACAAAAAUUCAAGGAAAACUGAAAUAUGGUAUCCUAAUCUGUAAAUAAGAAAAUUCACACCCAGCCUCAUAGACAAUAAAACUCAAGUAGUCACCGGUUGACGUCAUUUUUUAUCUACUGUGGUAACUACAUUUACAACAAUAAGUCAGUGUAAAAUAAAACUUGUACUUCAUAUGGUAUGUUCACGCUGUAAUCAUAAAUAUAAAUAGGAAUUAUUUAGCUGCAUCUACAAUUCACAAUGCAGCACUUGAAUAAUUUGCUCACACACUGUGGGGUUAGUAUCAAAUGAAAUGACAAUUUUUUCUAACAAAUAUUUGCUGCAAAAGCGCAGCGUCAAAUGACAAGUCAAUGCAUGAAACUUGAACAGUAUAAAAUUAUGUAUAAAUGUAUUAUAUUCUAAAUUAUUGACACUUUUUCCAAAAA